ACGUUCUCGGGUGCACAGGCGUCGCUGUUCUGGGAGCAGAGGUUUCCGGAUGUGAAGUGGAGGAAGGAGGAGGAGACAGGACAGGAAAACACUGAGGAGGAGACUGAGAUCCGUACCCGAUCUACUCGGUAUAUUCUCACCCGGUUCCCGGUAUAUACACCCGCCACACUGUCCUCACCCGCGGCCUCCCGGAGCUCAGAAUGUGACACUGGGAGCCUGCAACACAUAACGGAAGACAAGAUGGAGUCGUGGCCCCAGCGUCAGCUCCAGGGGUCCUUGCUGUUACUCCUCUGCUGGGUGGCGGUCUCGGAGUCCACCAUUUAUGCGUACUCGGAUAAGAACAGGACGGAGCUGGAGGAGUUCGGGGAUCUCCCUGCGCAGUUUGGUUCUCUGCUGCCCCUAGAUGGACUGAGGGGUUAUAUCAUCCGCGCUGCACCGGACAACGCCUGCACGCAAAUCAGCCCGCCACCGCUGAGGGACAACAUGACCGUCUUCAUCGCUCUGAUACGCAGAUUUGAAUGCAACUUUGAUAUUAAGGUCCUCCAUGCUCAGCAGUCCGGUUAUGAUGCCGCCAUAGUUUAUAAUGUAGAUUCGGAUGCGUUGUUGAGUAUGGCGUGGAGUGACGAGCACAUCCGCGGUCAGAUCACCAUCCCCGCAGUGUUUACGGGAGCGAGCGCUGGGAAGAAUCUCUCGGAGAAGUUCACUUACCACAUGAACGCUCACGUCUUUCUGUUCCCGGAGUAUCCCUUUAACCUCGGCUAUUACUUCAUCCCCUUCAUCAUCGUCGUGGUGAUCAUCAUCAUCGUCAUGUGCACCAUCAUGAUUGUGCGCUGCGUGCAGCACAGGAAGAAGCUGCGGAAGAAUCGUCUGACUAAGGAUCAACUGAAGAAGAUCCCCAUCCACAAGUUCAAGAAGGGUGACGAGUACGACGUGUGCGCCAUCUGCCUGGAGGAAUACGAGGAGGGCGACAAGCUGCGCGUUCUUCCGUGUUCACAUGCCUAUCACAGCAGCUGUAUUGACCCAUGGCUGACAAAAACCAAGCGGAGCUGUCCCAUCUGUAAGUGCCGUGUCCUGCGCUCCGAUGACGACUCAGACUCUGAUGAUGGCGGAGCGGCUGACAGCGAGCGCGCCGCGGAUGAAAGCGAAAACGAGCGGACGCCUCUGCUGCGACCUUCUCCCACUUUUGGGAGCAUGGAUGAAUCCCCUCCCCCGGUGACACAAGGGACCACCACCACCACCGCGAUUGUUGUGUGAGGCUCCGCCCACCUCCCUGUCACAUGAUGCCCAGUACCCAUAAUCCUCUGCUCUGUGACUGACACAUUCCCCUCCCCCUGCUGUAGCACCGCCUGAUGAUGAUGGUGGUUGUCUCCCUUCUUCCCACGUGAUUUGGUUUCUUCCCAGCAGCCUUUGCUUUCCGCCAUCUGUGGAAUUAAUGAGGCGGUGGUGGGGAUGAUGGGGGUGGUGGUGCUCCCCGCACUGUAAUUAAUCUUUGUCUAAUUUCCUGUACAGGUUUUAUAUAAAUGACAUUUCCUAACGA